AUGACGGGUACCCCGUCGGGUUAUUCCAAGAAGCCCAUCAUUUUGGGCAAUCUCUUUCUGCUUACUCGCUGCAAUCCACCAUCUCCAUACACCUUACAGAAAAACCAGACAUGGAGAGAGAUUGGAAAGAAUAAAAAAGAUACUCACCAGCUGUACCGAAAGAAACAAAGUUCAAUCCUCUGGAAAGGAGCUUUCCACGAGAGGUUGCAGAUGAUGCUAUCCGCUCAAACAUUUGUGGGGAGAGUUCUGGUGAUACUGGUGUUCCUAAUGAGCAUUGGAUCCCUCAUUAUCUACAUUAUCAACUGUGCCUCACCUAUAGAAUACUUCAGCUCGUUCCCAGAUGAAACCCUUCCUGUAGAUAUGGGCUUCAACACCUUCUUCCUCUUCUAUUUUGGAUUACGGUUCUUGGCAGCUGAUGACAAGCUGAAAUUCUGGCUGGAGCUGAACUCCAUUGUGGAUUUCUUCACUAUUCCUCCAGUCUGUGCCUCCUAUUAUUUGAAGAGGAACUGGCUUGGUUUUCGAUUUUUGCGAGCGCUCAGGUUGCUGGAACUUCCCAAAAUAUUGCAGUUUCUGAAGAUCACCAAGACCAGUAAUUCAAUCAAGCUGGUCAAACUGUUAGCUGUAUUUCUCAGCACCUGGCUCACAUCUGCAGGGUUUAUUCACCUGGUGGAGAAUUCUGGAGAUCCUUGGAUCAAUUAUGACAAUUCUCAAUUCCUGAGCUAUUUUGAAUGUUUGUACUUGAUAAUGGCGACUAUGUCAACCGUUGGCUAUGGAGAUGUUGUAGCUAAAACUUGCCUUGGUCGUGUUUCCAUGAUUUUCUUCAUCAUUGGCGGGUUGGUCCUGUUUGCAAAUUUCAUCCCUGAAAUUGCGGAUAUUGUUGAAAGCAACAAAAAAUAUGAAGGGUCCUACACGGUGGUAAAAGGAAGAAAAUAUAUUGUUGUCUGCGGUAAUAUCACUCUGGAGAGCGUGACUGCUUUCCUGCGAGACUUCCUGCCCCAGGACACAGGAGAUAUUUGCACUGAGAUACUCUUUCUGGGAGAAUCUCUUCCUAGCCUGGAGCUGGAAGCUGUAUUCAAUUGCUAUUCACCCUACACCACUUUCUUCCAUGGUUCUGCACUGAACGAUGAAGAUCUGAAGCGAGUUCAGAUGGGAUCUGCAAAUGCAUGUCUGAUCCUUGCAGACAUUUGUUCUUCAGAACCUUACACUGAAGACACUUCCAAUAUUAUGAGGGUGCUCUCUAUCAAGAAUCACUAUCCAAACACCAGAGUCAUCAUACAGAUAAUCCAGUCACAUAACAAGGUAUACCUGCCAAACAUCCCCAACUGGGACUGGAGAAUAGGGGACAGCAUCAUCUGUUUUGCCGAACUAAAACUUGGAUUUAUAGCACAAAGUUGCUUGGUUCCAGGCCUGUCCACCCUCCUAACCAGUUUGUUUGUGAGGAAGGAGAGUGCUGAGGUAAAGAGAAAAAGCAUGAGGCACAGGAAUGUUUUGAAAGGCAGUGCCUAUCAAGUGAUGACUUACAAGCUCUCCAAUGAUUUUGUAGGCAUGUCUUUUCCAGAGGUUUGCCGGUUGUGCUUUGUGAAGCUGAACCUUGUGCUGUUUGCUGUCGAGUUCAGGUUUGGCAUUCAUGGGAACAGUAUCCUAAUCAACCCGUCUGCAAAGAUAAUGCUCCAUCGAAAUGUAAUGGGCUUUUUUAUUGCCAAAUCCAUGGCAGAAGUCAAAAGGGCGCAUUUUUACUGUAAAGCCUGCCAUAGUGAUAUUGAUAAUCCAAAACUGAUUGAAAAAUGUCAUUGUAGAAGCAAACUUCGGAGGAGAACCAUUACAGAAAAGCUGAAAGCCCGCCGAGAAACUCUGUGCGUUCCAGACCAGGACCCGGUAAAGUCAAGGUCUCUUGGGGUUCUUCCUCCUUCAAGUUAUGCUGCCAGCGCAUCAGAUGUCAUGGGGGACAAGAAUAGUGAUGCCAUGCUUGAUUCAACAGGAAUGUUUCAUUGGUGCCAUGCUGUGUCUUUGGAAAAAGCCAUCCUGAAUCCAAAGAAGGAAGCCACCUCAGACCUGCAUGAUCACAUUGUGGUAUGUGUCUUUGGGGAUGCCAACACAACACUCAUUGGUUUGCGGGACUUUGUGAUGCCUUUACGAGCUAGCAACUUCAUUUAUGAGGAGCUGAGAGACAUCGUCUUUGUCGGGUCUCUGGAGUACCUGAAAAGAGAAUGGGGAUUUAUCCAGAAUUUCCCAAAGCUGUGGUUGUACCAGGGUAGUGCUCUUUCCUGUGCUGACCUGAAGGCUGUUAACAUAAGGCACUGCGCCAUGUGUGCCAUCCUGUCCUAUAGCUCCAAGUCAUCUAGUAGUCCAAUCCUGGUGGACACAGAAAGCAUCCUGGCCACACUUAACAUUCGAGCCAUGCAGUUUAAGUGCAGCACAGUCUCUGAAGAGGCAGUUGGCAGAGUGAGAACAUUGGAGAAUCAAUCAGCGCUCUAUUAUAAAAGGAUCCCCAUCAUCACAGAGCUGAAAUCCAUGUCAAAUGCCCACUUUAUUGAUCAGAGUGCUGGAAGCAGCGGGUCGCAGAUCCCAGAGCAGGAGCUGCAUCUCUCCACUCCUUUUUCCAGUGGAGCUAUCUUCUCAGAUAACUUUUUGGAUUCUCUUCUGUCCACUACCUACUGUAACCACCAUGUCUUAGCUUUGCUCCAGACUCUGGUGACGGGUGGGACAAGCCCAGAGCUGGAGGAGCAGCUUGCAGAGAAGAAUGAACUGAGUGCCAGUGACAACAGCAUAUCAUAUGUUGCACCUAGGGUGAGGUGCAAGCUGGCUCUUUUGCCACUGUGGAAGGAACUUGCAGCAGUUUCCCCAGAGGACUGUUUCGGAGAUGUUUUCUGCAAAGCAUUAGACUUGUUUGGAAUCCUUUGCUUUGGCCUCUACCGUCUCAUAGAAGAGCCUAAUCCAUACAAGAACAGGGGAGUAUAGUUCAGAUAAAACUUAUGUACAUCAAUAAUAUUCACAACGCAUUUUUUUUUUAGUUGCGGGCAAGGAGGUACAGUAAAUUUUGAAGCACUACUGCAAAUGAAAGUGUAAAAGCAUGCCCAUGGCAGGCAGCUUCUCCCAUCCAAGUUACAGGUGGAACCUUUACAGGACUCUGUCAUAACCCCUUAGUCUUGACCUACAACUAUAACUGUGUACUUUAACCUCAAAUGUGAGCAUCCCCUGCCAAUCCAGCAACAUGCCUCUCUGAAGACUCACUGACCACACUUAUAUCCCAGAUCCCUUCCCAAGGUUAAAUCAUAAUGAGCAUCCUUGCUAUUGCUUGGGAUAGCUCCUGAAAAGGGAUUGUUAGACAUGCCUAACUCCGGCGGUGGUUACAACUGAUGUAAGUUCUUUUAAUGGGUCUUUACAUGUGAACCAUGGUCCUUAGAAAAGAGCCUGUGGGGUACUGUUAGUGCUGUUGCCUGUGUCCAUGUAUUUAAUUUUUUUUUUAUUUUUUUUUUUUACAAAUAAACACACCUGACCUUUUCCGCUUUCUGAUUCUUGCAAUAAGCUUGAGAACCUGUGGUUGAGCAGGAGCAAAACUCGUAGACACGAAGUCUUUAGAUUUAAAGACUUCAAGCAGUGAAAAGAAAUGUGAUCUGUUCCAAUGGUUUGUGAACCCAGGCCCUAUAAAUGGUAUCUUAUACUAUACACGCUUUAAUUGUUCAAGAUAUUUUCUCAUGUGCACUUAAACCUUGCAAAAAAAUGCUGUUCUUUUGCCAUCAUUUGUGUCCCUUAAACAAGCCCAAAGGACCCAACAAAAUAUUUAGAUUCUUAUUUUCUGGUGU